AUGAUGGACUCUCUGCGAGUAAGCGGGAGCAGUGAUUCGAGAAAAGGAAGAACCGCAUGAAGGGACAACCGGUACACAGCGGUGGACAACGACGAGCUUGCGGCAAUUCGAAUCACGAAGAGUCAGAGAGACCUAUGUUUCAAUGGGUUAACAUCAAAGAAGACUUAGAAUUAUCUUACUAGAGUGCUGUAGAGGAAUCAAUGUGAUGGAGGUGAAGCCGAUACCAAAGCCGCGGUCGGCAGUCGCGACCGAGAGCAAACCAAUACCGGCGCCCCGAAGACUCCUGCCGACAACCAGCUUACCGUCGACUCAUUCCAGCAGCCCGACUAGCGAAUCUAGUCAGUCUGAGAAGAGCGAUGACCUAAAGUCGGUCGGUAGUACCAACGAGAAUACUCGCAACAACCAUGAGUUCUUUCGCAGCCUCAGCACAAGUUCGCGCCAAUUAAAGGAUGAGAUCUCGGAAAAGAUGACGGUGAAGGGACGGGCCGUUAUCUCCAGCACGCGGAACGCCAGCAUUCGGCUGGAGAAGUCGGUGAAGAGUCUGCUGACUCGGCGGCUGUCGUCCUUGAACCAAGAUGACGUAGUCGUUCAGGGCGGCGUCCAGAAGAAGAAAGAUCCAGCUGAGGAGGACAGAUGCGUAUCAAUGCCGGCUGACAACAUUUUCAGCAGCAUCUCGUUUUACAGUCCUCUGAGCGGCAAUCUGAGAAGUGUAAAGAACGAGGAGGAUCUAUCCGCCGGUGGCAGGCACAGCCCGCCGCCUCCAGUUUAUCCGCCACCCCCGCUUCCGGACGAAUCUAUCUAUGACGAGUUGCAAUCCGUCACGUCGGGAAGCAGCAGUCGAUACGACACACUCAGUUCUACGGUGUCCGACAAGAUCGAGCGAGAUUUCCCCGACUUCAGCGUCCUUAGCUUAACGCGGAAUCAGGCUAGUGAUUCUGACCAAAGUUUAAAUUUGUCCGACGUCAAUGUAAAUCUAUCGCACGACAAAAUUUCCGCGAAAAGGCUGUCGCGAUCAGACUCUUGGACCUUUUACGACGCCACACCAGGCACGAAAGCCGAGAGUGUCGACGAAGUGGACAGGAUAUCCAGUUUAGAGGAAAGCUUGGAGAAGUCCUUCGAGAGGAAAAUCUCACCAACAGAUCGAACUUCUUGCGCGUCCUUCGAGAGUCAAGCUUCCAUUCAAAAUUCUCUCUACGAGAAUCUAUCGCCGCCGAAAGUCGAGUGCCGACAACAACCCUCGGAUACCAGGGUGCAGAACAGCAAGUCUGUACUCUACGAGUUUGAUCCGUUUGCGAGGACGUCCGAGAACGAGAACGUCUACAGUAAUUACGAGAAUAAUGAUUUGAUGCUGCUGGAAGCUUUGUUGGCUACCAACGAUUCACCUAAUAGUGCCGACAGCACCGUGGAAUUUCGCGAGAGUGCCGAGGGGCACGAGGAGGACGAGGACUUGACGCAUCCUGGCAUCAAUUUGACACCUCCGGAACCACCCAAGAGAUUUGAUUCCCUUCCGAAGAAUGAAUAUGACAUAGCAGAAGGUGUAGAACAGCCCGACAAAGUCGAAGCCUCGAGUAAAAAUCCGCCUCUCUUGCCAAAGUUGGCGCAUUUGGUGACCAAAAAGCAGCCUGCUGUUCCUCCCAGGAAGCCUUCCACGAAGGCUCCUGCACUUCCUCAACCAAAUGCAAAUAUGACUGUGACAACGGCCACAUCGGCAUCUGCCAAUAAUGACGAGGAGAAUAUUACUAGUUCUUCAUCGGUGACGCCAAAGGUCACCGAGGACCAUCGUAAAGUAAGCGUGAUACAAAAAUUGAAGAAACUGCGACAGGAAUCCACAGUGCAAGCCAUCAAGCCAAAUGUGAUUAAUUUCGUUAAGAGUGGUAGUAAACUUUUAUCCAGGACUCGCGAGCAUAUCGGUGAGUCCGGCUUGAGGUCGCUACGAAUGGAGAGGCCGAAGGUGAAUGCUCCGCAUAAUCCGGUCACACACAGAGGAAUAGUGUACAGGCCUGGAAUGGGUAUCGAGAGGGCCAAGGACCUCGUGCUGAGAGCAGCAGUGUUGCUCGAUCGGAAAUUAUCGUUCUACUCUGACAAGAGCAUGUCUACGCUGAAAGAGGUCGUGGAAUUAGAGACAGUAUACAGUAUUCAUCUACUUCAGGAUGUUAAGACCAUAGACGGUGAAACGGUGCAUUGCGUAGCGAUUAGUGGUGCUGGCAGACCAAGCGUGCACGUUUUCUACGCGAAAGGUGUCGCCGAGAGACGAAUCUGGGCUCAGAGAAUCCUCGAGGCGAGUACGCCGAUUUUUCCCACGAAGUACACUGCCGAAUUCACCAGAGCAGGUUGGGCUUAUUUAAAGGAAGGUAUAACAGGUACAUGGUUUCCGGCUUGGCUUCUCUUGCAACAAAGAACAUUGAUUUACACAAAAUCCUUGGAAUCUGCAAUUGCGGUGAACUUUGAACAAGUAGAUUUGAGGAAGGCACGCUGCAUCGUGUUGCGAGAUCAAGAAGGGCCAAUUGCCGGAUGCGGGACUGUUCCAGUAGUAGUUGUGGAUGCCGGGGGUAGCGGUGCCCUGCACAUCGCCACGUCGGGAACCCACGAGGCUACCGCCUGGCGACACGCGCUUUAUCAAGCGGCUACGAACUGCGGCCCUGCUCUAGAUCAACAACAGAUUACGCAGGACAAUGUGCCCGUCAUUUUGGACAAAUGUGUCAACUUCAUCUACGCUCAUGGCAUGAUGACGGAAGGUAUUUAUCGUCGUAGCGGAUCGAGCAGUGCCGUAGUAAAGCUAUUAGAGGCUUUCAGACGAGACGCAUGGGCCACACAAAUAACGCGAAAUGUGUACACGGAGCACGACGUCGCCACGGUUCUUAGAAGAUUUCUUCGAGAUUUACCAGAUCCGUUGUUCCCUCCUACUAUACAUGACCGUCUUUGUCUCGCUUCAGAAUCAAUCAGUGAGGAAAAUAGAGUGGCGACUUAUCGGAAAUUAUUAUCCACCCUAAAUCCGGUAACGUCGGCGACGCUUCGCCGAAUCCUGGCACAUCUUCACGGUCUCAGUCAGCAGAGCGCUAGGAAUUUAAUGACUGUCGAAAAUCUUUCGGCGGUCUGGGGUCCGACCCUGAUGCAUGCCGGUGAGAACAGCGCCGAGGAAUGGAAUCGGGCGGAGACCAAGGUUGUCGGUGAUCUCAUCAAACUGUAUCCGAAACUUUACCAAUUGUCGCCGGCCGACCUAGCGAAAGAAGCGAAGAUGCUGGAGAUUCUGGAAAAGCAUCACGUGUCCAACAACGGUCUGCGAGGCGCGCCCUCGGGAGAUCUCAAGAUCUGGAUAUACAUCAUCUCGCCAAAUGGAGAGUGUGUGAACGUCACUAUCGGGCCUCAAAAGACUGCGUUCGACGUGUGCCGAGAACUCGCUGAGAAAACUAACUUACCACCUCACGAGCUGUGUUUAGAAGAAUAUACUCUGUCCGGCGCGCUGGAGCGACCGUUGCAUCACAGCGAACGUGUCCUGGAAACAGUAGCGAGAUGGGGAUACUGGGACUCGGAUGAUAGGAAGGAUAAUGCCCUCAUCCUCAGGAAAGAUCGCUUGUACAAGGACAUCGUGCCUCUGGUAAAGCCGCCUAUGACGAUCUCAGGCGAGCUUAAAUUUGCGGACACUAAGGCAAGAAACCUGAAGAAUUACCUCUUCGAGUUCAGUCAGGCAAAGCUCUGUUGUUACAAAGACAAGGUGUGCUCCGUGAAACUUCACGAGUGGAAGAUCGAAGAUAUCAUUUGGUACUUGGGACACGAACCUAAACGCAAUCCACAAAUGGGUUGGUCUAUUACUUUUAUCACAAAGAAUAAGAAACCAACAAGGUGUAAGGACAGCCCAUAUUUUGGAAAUAUUUUGGCAGGCACGUCCAAAGAUGAGCAGUAUAGAUGGUUAGCGGCUAUGCUCUUCGGGGAGUAUCAAUUAAAUCUCCGAGCUUCUGCAGUGAAUCUUAUGGAUCCAUGACCAAUUCAAGUCGAUUAAAUUAUAAGCCACUCAGUGCCUCCAAAGUGAUCAAUAAGUGAUACUUUUUUUCUAUAAACCCUUUUACAGACUCUGAACAAAUAUAAAUACGUGUAUAGUGUCAAUUAAAAGAACUGAUUAGCUUAAUAUUUUAUAGUUUUUUAAAACAUAGUAUCCUAAAAGUUGAUCUCGUUUAAUAAAAAACAAACGUUUAGUAAAUUGACUUAUUCUAUUACAAAUUGAUUAGCAUGGCCAAUAGAAACGUCAUCGUAGCUACGAAUCAAUGAUGCUGUGAGUUGAUCAUUAUAUUAGAUAGUAGAAAUUAAUUGUGACAAAUUAUGGAAUAACAUGCAUUUAUGGUAAAAUAAAAUUAACAAGAUAAAACGGA